AUGGAUUUCAAUCCAUUUCAGGACUCAGCAAAUUUUGUUGAACUACUCCAUAGUCAACAAAAUGUUGUCUUUGGCAGUCAAGGACGUGUUUCACUCUCUUUAUCGCAAGUGCCGUCCUUAGGCAGUCAAGCUGUGGAGCUUCCAGCAGAGUGUAAGGAAAGAAGGACGUGGACAGUCACAGAGGAUAUAGUGCUUAUUAGCAGCUGGUUGAACACGAGCAAAGACCCCGUUGUAGGGAAUGAUCAAAAGUCAACAACGUUCUGGACAAGAGUUGCAGCAUACUUCUCGGCUAGUCCAAAACUUGCUGGUUGUGAAAAACGCGAGGGUACUCAAUGCAAGCAACGUUGGCACAAGAUGAAUGAAGCAAUUUGCAAGUUUUCUGGGGCGUAUGAAGCAUCCACAAGAGAGAAAACCAGUGGCAUGAAUGACAAUGACAUUCUAAAACUAACCCAUAAAAUCUUCUCCAACAACCAACAAAAGAAGUUCAGCCUUGAACAUACGUGGAACGAGCUUCGCAACAACCAGAAGUGGUGUGAGCUCGCUACAGCUAAAACUGAAAGCAGCUCCAAAAGGAGGAAGUUCGCGGAUGGUUCACUUUCAGGAUCAAGCUCUCAAGUUAAUGAAAACGAUGCUGGUGUAGAAGGAACAUCUCGUCCCCCUGGUGUUAAGGCUGCAAAAGCUCGUGGAAAGAAGCCGCAGGUUGAGGGGCAAGAUGUGUAUGAUUGUCAGCUCAUGUGGAGCAUCAAGAAGGAUGACUUGGCAAUGAAGCAACAGCUCUCCAAGAUGAGGCUACUUGAGAAGCUUGUUGCAAAGGAAAAUCUAGCUGAUUAUGAAGAAGAUCUCAAGAAAAAGCUCAUAAAUGAGUUAAUGUAA